AUGGCGCGCAAGGCUCGUCAACGGAUCAGUUAUGUUCUACCUCUUGCGAACUCUCCUGGUCACCGUUUAGGCGUCAACAGCCUUGCAGUAGACAAGCAAGGAAUCCUUUAUACAGCUGGCCGCGAUGGUGUUAUAUGCUCUUGGAAUAUCGGGGUUGACCUCACUGAGCGAACCACCGAGUCGGCCUUCGUCCCGCGUCCCACGCCUCCUCCAUCAUCCACAUUCCGUGCACAAAUACAAGCGCAUACACACUGGGUUAAUGACAUCGCGCUGUGUCAGUCUAACACUGCUUUAAUAUCUGCUUCUUCGGAUCUUACAGUGAAGCUCUGGCGACCACAUGCUGAGCAACAGUCAGCAGAAACAAUUGGUGUGCAUAGCGACUAUUUGUGGGAUCUUAAUGGUGGCGGCGAAAAGCUACAGAUUGAUAUUGGCGACGAGUUGAAUACAAAGGGCUCGGUCUAUUCGCUCGGUAUUGGGGGUGCUGGAGGUGGAAUCCUCGCAAGUGGUGGACCCGAAAGUGUUGUUCGGGUAUGGGAUCCACGGUCAGGCAAAAGGAUCACAAAGUUUCUUGGACAUACAGACAAUGUUCGUGCUAUUCUUGUGAGCGAACAAGGAAACACAAUUUUAACAGCAUCCUCGGACACGACAAUCAAAGUGUGGAGUCUAACGGCAGGAAGAUGUCUUCACACACUCAGUAUGCAUAGUGAUAGUGUGUGGUCUCUUUACUCCUCUCAUCCAGCUCUCGAGAUAUUCCACUCAAGCGACCGCUCUGGACUCGUUGCAAAAACCGACGUACGGACAAGCGAGAUUGAGGAGGGCAUCUGUGUGGCUGUAUGCCAGGAGCAAGAGCCUGUCAACAAGGUUGUCGCAUCAGGAGACUAUCUCUGGACAGCGACCCAAAGCUCCAGUAUAAACCGAUGGGUGGAUGUUGAUACAAAUAAUGAGAUUGCAACGGACGCCAAACGCCCGCGAUUGACAUCAUCCGCAAGUGUACGCCCUCGACCCUUAAGUCCUACAUCCUCUCCAGUGAUACCGAGUUCGCCAACUACCAAAAAGCCAACGAUACCAGUUAGUGCCUUACUAAGGAUAUCAAGCACAUCAAGUUUCCCUACGAAUGUGAGGGACCCCGAUGCCGUCACAGUAUACUCUGUUACCCAGGCUGCAUCUAUUGCUGAGACCAUUGAUGGCGACCCUGGGAUUUUGGUGCCUGUCAAUGACCUUCCAGACGAGACAAUAGAAGGACAGCAUGGAUUGAUUAAUCAUUUUCUAUUAAAUGAUAGGAGGAGAGUUCUUACCCUUGAUACAGCGGGGGAAGUAAUGAUGUGGGAUCUGUUGAAAUGUGUACCUGUAAAGAGUUUUGGGAAACGGCACCUUGACGACGUGGCAGCGGAAAUCAACACAGUCGAAUCCGUUGCAAACUGGUGUCAAGUAGACACGAGAACUGGCCGCCUAUCCUGUGUCCUCGAGGAAAAUUAUUGUUUUGAUGCAGAAAUGUAUGCCGACGAAGCAGAUAUCGAGAGCGCAGAGGAUUUUAGAGACGACCAAAGAAUAAAUCUUGGGAAAUGGGUCCUUCGGUACCUUUUUAACAACCUUAUUAUGGAAGAAAUUCGGCGUGAUGAAAUCUAUCGCAAAAAGCUUGAGGCCGAAAAAGCAGAAAGAGAAAAACUACGCCGGGCAAACGCCCCCCCAGCCAUCUCGAUGCCUCCUCCUACGUUUUCCAUGAUUGACGCCGCAAGCCCACAGUCUCCUAGUAGCGCCACAACUCCGAAGCCCAGUAAUAGCUUUUCGCUGUUUCCCCAAACACCUGGCAUGUCAAUUGGGCUUGCCACACCCGCGCCUGCCUUUCUUCCUUCCUUUACAGGAGACGCCAAUACUCUACCACCAACAGCAGAAGAAGAAGAACCGAAAAAUCGCGGCUCAUUAUCUCCACUAUCAAGGCCAUCAAUGGACCGUGGCGAUUAUUUCUCAUCCGGCAAUGGUGCCAAACCGGAGAAAGAAAAGUCUGGACCUUCGUUAGGUGAAGCAUGCAGCGAUGAUACUCCACUUACACCUACUGGCGAAAAGGAUAUGUCACUCCUCGGACGUUGGAAAUCCUUUGGUAAUCGAAAAUUGGGAAGGAGCAUGUCGGCCGAUAUUACCAAUAAGCCACCUGCAACUGUGGAGGAAGCACCGGCCGAUCUCGGUGGGCUCUUAGAACAUGACCCAUUAGACGAUACCUUGGCAGGUGUGAUCAAAAGAUUGAGAAUUACAUACGAUCAGGUUAUGCCACCAAGUGAUGGGGGGCCGUUCAGGUCGGGGAUAAAUCCAUCCCUACCAAGUGAAACGCCGAUUUUGAAGCCGCCCGGAAAUACCACAAUUCUCGUUCAAGAUGACAGCCCGGAUUCAGGAGGUGUAGCGGAUCUAUAUCGUGGAACGGUAGCAACAGUUGGUGAAGAUGCGGAUCUGCUAGAGAGAGUUGCGCCAGCGUGGUUAGGAGAGUUGAUAUUACGCAACCAAAUCCCGCUGAAAGAGAUAGUAAAGGUUUCGUUCAUAUUGGUUCCAUAUAACGACCGUUUACCGACAUUGCAGAGUGACGGUAUAGCCGAGGGAAAGAACUCAAGAUUGAAUGCGAACCGGAUGUUAAGGGCCAAGAAGAUCGCGGCGUAUGUGGCCGAAAGAUUGCAGCCUCCGUUUACGCAACUUAGCUAUGUGCCCAUAACUAAGGAAGGGGAAGAAGGACCAAAACCAGAGGAUUUUAUAGAGUUGGUUUGUCAUGAUCAUGUUCUGGACCCAUCAAUGACACUGGCUACAAUACGUUCGUACGUGUGGAAGAGUCAUGGAGAUAUCUUAUUGCACUACAGAUUAAAAGGAAGUGCAACCAAAGAGAAGACCGAGGUCGAUUCUGCUGCGACUUCUACCACUGCUGUAGAAUCAGUCGAUAAUAGUGUGGUAGAGAAUGGAGGUGCAGGGGCGUAA